GUUAUAGAAUCCCCCUCUCCUUCUUUAUGUCACCAUGUUUGGAAGCUUAUUAGCUUAGUACAGCAGCCUGCUUCAGCUUCUGAACCCUGCGGAGCCUGCGAAAUCCGACGCUAUGGCGCUCAAGUCCUUCAUCGAAGUCCACCCCGACUCCCACUUCCCCAUCCAGAACCUCCCCUUCGGCGUGUUCCGGCCGGACACCGCCUCGCUGGCUCGCCCCGGCGUGGCGAUCGGAGACUACGUCCUGGACCUCUCCGCCGUGGCCUCCGCCAGCAUCUUCGACGGCCCGAUCCUCAAGGACUCCGAUUGCUUCCACCAGCCAAACCUUAACAAGUUCUUGGCUCUGGGGCGGCCUGCCUGGAAAGAGGCUCGAGCAACUCUGCAAAGAAUACUGUCAUCAACUGAACCGGUUCUGCGUGAUAAUGCAGCUUUCCGAGAGAAGUCACUUUUUCUGAUGAGCAAGGUGGAGAUGCUUCUCCCAAUUGCAAUUGGGGAUUACACAGAUUUCUUUUCAUCGAUGCAUCAUGCUAAGAACUGUGGAACUAUAUUUCGAGGGCCUCAAAACCCAAUGCCACAGAACUGGUUCCAUCUUCCAAUUGCAUAUCAUGGACGAGCAUCAUCUGUUGUUAUCACUGGAACAGACAUUAGUCGACCAAGGGGUCAAGGUUAUCCUAGUGGCAACUCUCCACCUUAUUUCGGCCCGACACAGAAGCUGGACUUUGAGCUAGAAAUGGCGGCAGUUGUUGGACCUGGAAAUGAAUUAGGGAAGCCCAUCGAUGUCAAUGAUGCUGCAGAGCACAUCUUUGGACUCGUGUUAAUGAAUGACUGGAGUGCUAGAGAUAUUCAGGCAUGGGAAUAUGUGCCUCUUGGGCCUUUUCUUGGAAAAAGUUUUGGUACCACAAUAUCACCUUGGAUUGUUACUCUAGAUGCUCUGGAAUCUUUUGCUUGUGCUGCUCCUGAGCAGGAUCCUAAACCAUUGCCCUAUCUGGCAGAAAAAGUAUCGAAGAACUAUGAUAUAUCUCUGGAGGUUCAAAUUAAGCCUGAUGGUCAAAAAGAUUCCUGCGUUGUCACAAGGAGUAAUUUCAAGAACUUGUACUGGACAUUGACUCAGCAACUGGCACAUCAUACAAUCAAUGGCUGCAACUUGAGGCCGGGGGAUCUCCUUGGAACUGGGACAAUAAGUGGACCUGAGCCGGAAUCUAUGGGAUGCUUGCUGGAGUUAACAUGGAACGGGCAGAAGCCACUGUCGUUAAAUGGCAUAACCCGAAAAUUUCUCGAAGAUGGAGAUGAAGUGACGUUUACUGGUGUUUGCAAGGGAGAUGGGUACAACGUUGGGUUUGGGACAUGCUCUGGUAAAGUUGUUCCCUCACCAUGAUCCCGAGUUCACCCCUCAUUGCGGUCUAUCAGUUUUGGGGUCAGAGGGCAUUAUUGGAUCUGCCGUUCAAUGUAGCAUUGAUCAGAUUUCAGCCCUAUAUCUCAUGAUAUAUUAUCGAUCAUUGUAACUUUGGACCGGUAAAACUCUAAUCGUCCCGAUAUAUUCAAGUUAUGUUCUGGCUAUAACUCUCCCCGUAAUAGUUGACGAAUGAAUAUGAUUAAGCUUACUUGCAUGCA